AUGUCGCUGCUAUCGACCUUAAGUUUAACGCUAUUAGCUUCCAUACCUCGAGAUGUAUCGGAAAACGAAGUCAAUUGGGAUGAUGUGUCUGUAGCACUCUUGGAACUACACUCUCGUAAGCAAGAGGAUCUCAAGGAAAUCAUGACGAUGUUGAAUGUUCCUAUCACGCGGAGCCGCACGUUUACAGUUGAAGAGCACGACGAUGUUUUCGCAAUGCUGAAUCAACUCAAGUCACUUGAUUCUUCUCUUACAGUUGCCGAGCAGCAUUUUCAACAGUUAAAGAGCAUCAUUCAUCCAAGUCUAUAUAAGCUUCAGACUCUUCAGAGUCGUACCAAAUAUCUUGAAACACUAGUCCAAGUGGAAAAAUUGAGUCAACAAGUGAAAGAUGAGGCCGGUGAAGCCACUUUGGACGUCCUGAAAACGUUUCGAGAUUUUACAACAUUUGCAGCUGCUGUGCCAGUGGAAUUUUCAAUCGUUCGUAAGGAAGCAAACCAGCGAGUUCAAGAACUUUUGGUACAUUUACACCAUAUUGGUGUAAACAAGCUACAAGGGGCAUUAGAAAAAGUCGGGUGGCCCAAACCAUUUAUUACACAACAGGAACUGAUUGACAAGGAGGUCGAGCUACACGAUGUGUCCAAGGCGUUUGAGUAUUUAUUGGUUUUGCAACUUAGUCACCUAUCGGAGUCUGCAUUAGCGACGACGAAUCUGUGGGCAAUGGAUUGUGUGAUAAAGCCACUGCUGCUGCGCUUUCACUACCACUUUGAACGAGCUGAGAGUGCAACGAACCGACUGACGAAGCCAGAGUGGUACUUGAGUUACGUGCUGGAGCAAACAAGUGUGCACACACGUUUUCUGGCUCAUGCACUCACGCCGGAGCUGCAUCGCCACCGCGACAAAAUCCAUUGCUGGGAUGCACAGAUUCUCUUACUGCGUGGACUCGUCAGGUGUGCCAGUCGUAAGCUUACGCACGACUUGCCUACGCUCUUGGCGCAUCCACCUCUCUUGUGCCAUACGUUGGACGAGAUUCUUCUCUUUGAGCAGACUAUUGACGAAGACAUUGGCUACGAUUCUUGGACAAGUACUGAUCGUCGUGCGUAUCCACGUUGUAUCGAUAUGUUUACAUCAAGCAGUGACGUUUUAUUCGCCUGGACAAAUGCCGACGUCAAAUACGCGUAUCGUGAUCCAAUGUGGCAGCUAGAAGUCAACGGAUACGGACACAUGGAAGGCGCUGCAUCUGAGUUUGACACAGAGCUUAUUCCUCCAGUAGCGCUUCACUUUAUAGCUUUGCUUGAUUUCCUCUCGUAUCGUUUUACGCACAUGGAGACGGAGGAGCACCGUUGCCUGUACGUGAUGCAGGUGCACACGCCGCUUUUGCGACGAUUUCGACAGCUUUGCGAAGCUCGUGGACGCCUGUUGAUUAGUGUAUUGACCAAGAAGGCUACAGACGCGAGAACCGUGGUUGUUUGGGGAGAGUUGUUUGUGGUGGUGAAUGCACUACAGCAUGUAGCCGAUACAUUGGCGUCAUGGGAGCAAAGUAGUGUAUUUUUGGAGCUUUCCAGAAAAAUUGCGAGAUCAGAGACCACUCGAGCUCAAGUGCAUCAAAUGCACAUGGCCUACUCGAAGCAACUGUUUACACGUGCUUCAGCUGUUGUACUUGCCACAGAGGAAGCGACGGCUGUUCGACAAGCGCUUGCUGGACCAGGUGCCAUGAUCGGGCCUACUGCCGCUCUAUCCGCAGCAUAUUCGGCUGGAUCCAAAACGAUGAAGAACCUUUUCAGCCGUGCAAAGGCCGAUGACAACGUUUUGGAGCAAAGUGCUCAAGCCCUAUCUGUUGACACUUCUCCUUCGGCUACUGGUGCGAUCGCCAACGACAACAGGCCGAUGUGCGAUCCGGAGGAACAACAAGACGAUCCUGAAGCAGCUUUGUUCUCACAGACUAUUUUUGAACGGCAGAUUUUGGAGCUUCGGACACUAGCUACGAAGCUGCUGGAAUGUGCCACGGAUACGUUAGUGCGGGCAGUGGAACGUGAUGUGGAGGCCUACCAUUUAAGCGCUUUCUGGACAGACACACGCGAUGAUGAUGCAAACGAUACCCAUCUGUUCCUUCUCCCUAUGUGCUCGUCCGCUCUUUGGAAGCCGCUCGCGUCGGCACUCGAUCGCGCUCUGUUUGAUGCGUUCUCCAAGCCUUCUUCGACAGAGGUCACUCAUUUGAGCAGUAUGGGAAAGUGCCAAUUUGUCGAGGACGUUAAGUCCCUUACAGCCAUAUUCGCGGCAGGAUCAUCAAAGGCACUACCACGGUCGUAUUUUCAACUCACGCGGGAGGUAUGCCACCUCCUGGAAAUGCCUGCACCACGACUGCGCGAGGUCUGCAAGGCUCUUGACGAUGAAUCAGUGGCAUUGACAGGCGAUAGUGUUGACAAGAGUGAUGAGAGAGAUGAUGCCGAUGUGUCUGAGAUCCACUUAGAUGAUCAAGACAUGCGAGACACGGCACUGCUUCUGUGGUCUCGUAAAGCUGCCUCAAGGUGUCUAGCGUUGUCGUCGAGCAUUCGAGUGGGGAAGUUAGGGCGAUGGCAGCUCCUUGAAUUACACAAAUAG